AUGGGAGCCAUCUGUAGUAGCUGUUGCGGCACAUCGCGCAAUACGGCCUACGAGCCACUCUUGCUCGACAACGAGCGCGAUGCUGUCGCAGACCUGUUGCAAUACCUCGAGAAUCGCAGCGAAACCAACUUCUUCACGGGCGACCCAUUGCGCUCCCUCUCCACCCUCUCCUUCAGCGACAAUGUCGACCUGCAACGCAGUGCUGCCCUCGCCUUCGCCGAGAUCACAGAAAAGGAGGUUCGCGAGGUAGGUCGCGACACAUUGGAGCCCAUCAUGUUCCUCCUUCAAUCCCACGACGUAGAAGUACAACGCGCAGCCAGCGCCGCCCUGGGCAACCUCGCCGUCAACUCGGAGAACAAGCUGCUCAUCGUCAAGCUUGGCGGCUUGGAACCCUUGAUUCGACAGAUGUUGAGCCCCAAUGUAGAGGUGCAGUGCAACGCUGUAGGCUGCAUCACCAACUUGGCGACACACGACGACAAUAAGACAAAGAUUGCAAAGUCGGGCGCACUCGUCCCUCUCACCCGCCUCGCCCGAUCAAAGGACAUGCGCGUACAACGAAACGCCACUGGCGCCUUGCUCAACAUGACGCACUCCGACGAGAAUCGACAACAACUCGUGAAUGCAGGUGCCAUCCCUGUCCUCGUCGGCCUCCUCGGAUCGAGCGACACAGACGUUCAGUACUACUGUACCACAGCGCUAAGCAACAUUGCCGUCGACGCAGCAAAUCGCCGCAAGCUCGCACAGGGGGAACCGCGACUUGUGCAGAACCUCAUCGGGCUCAUGGAGAGCAGCAGCUUGAAGGUGCAAUGCCAGGCCGCCCUCGCCUUGCGCAAUCUCGCGUCAGAUGAGAAGUAUCAGAUCGAGAUUGUGCGAUCCAAUGGGUUACCCCCUUUGCUCCGCCUGCUUAGGAGCUCCUUCCUCCCUCUCAUCCUGAGCGCGGCUGCUUGCGUGAGGAAUGUGAGCAUCCAUCCACUCAAUGAGAGCCCGAUCAUCGAUGCGGGUUUCUUGCACCCACUGAUCGACCUACUCUCACACGAGGACAACGAGGAGAUCCAAUGCCACUCCAUCUCGACACUUCGCAACCUCGCCGCCUCCUCCGAACGCAACAAGACGGCAAUAGUCGAAGCCGGAGCAGUAGAACGCAUAAAGGAUCUCGUCCUCUCCGUCCCCCUCUCCGUCCAAUCAGAAAUGACGGCCUGUCUCGCCGUCCUCGCCCUCAGCGAUGACCUAAAACCUCAACUCCUCGAAAUGGGAAUCUGCCACGUCUUGAUCCCCCUAACUGCCUCUCCCUCCGUGGAGGUGCAGGGCAAUUCGGCGGCCGCUUUGGGGAAUCUGAGCAGUAAGAGUGAGGACUAUACGGCUUUCAAUGAGGUUUGGGCUCAACCGGAGGGUGGGUUGGAGGGGUACUUGAGGCGUUUCUUGGAGAGUGGGGAUACGACUUUCCAGCACAUCGCAGUGUGGACCGUCGUACAGCUGCUGGAGAGUGGGGACGCUACGCUCGAGGGUCAUAUCAGGGCUAGUGAGCAGCUCCUCCCGCUUAUUAGGCAGUUGGGCGAGCAAGGGGGCGCCGCGAGUGGUGGAGCGGAUGGAGGUGAGGGGAGGAGUGAGACGAGUGGUGUCGGGGAAGGGGAGGGAGAGGGUUCUGAGGGAGGGGACGCAGAGGGGGAGAUUGAGAGUCUCGCCAAGAGGAUUAGUGAGUUGUUGGAGGCUUGAUGGCGCGUGGGCGAUCCGGCAAGGAGGAGGAAGGAGGGGAGGCGACGACUACAUUCACCCUUACUUUUCGUUUCGUUACGUUCGAGCCCGAGCCUACGAGUACGAGCCCGACUACGAGCCCGAGCCCUUACGAGCUUUGCUUUUCGAUAUGACAUCUUCCUUGAUAUCCACUGCGAUGCGAUCUGGCGUGGCCGUGGCCGAUCGCACAUGUCAGGCGAGGCGAGGCGAGAUUCGGGUCAUGUAUUGUGAGGCCAGCUAAACAGGUACAUAGCAUGGUCGGAUCUCUGCUCGCUUCGAUGUUACUCGUAGGUCAUUCGCCAUCUCUUGGCCCUCCUCGCCACUCUCUCCAAGGCUCGCAAGAUACGCUGGCCGGGCCGGGCGAGGCAGCCUAGGCUGGGCUGGGCUGGGCUGGGCCGUACCGUGCCAUGUCGUAGACGACCGUGCGGUACCGUCUAGCGCCCCUAUCGAAGCUCGACGACCGAUCACCCUCU